UGUUGACCUUGUCCGGGUCGACUCCGUUCUUGCAGCACCCUCCAAUCCUUCAUUCCUGCUUCAGUUCAGCUCCAUUCUACCCAGCACACCAUAUACAAUAUCCCUAAUCCUCAACAAACAACUGGAACACCAGUUUCCCAUUUCUGCAUGAUAGUAAUACUUCGCAUUUAAGAUUUUGCUUCAAAAUGCUGCCUGUAAACCCUAGCUCCAUUCUCGCCCCUUUCAACCCUCCCUUUUCAGUAUUAUCGACUGCCAAGACGCUUCAUUUCUCCAAAGCUAGCCGUUUUCAUUCCGCCGCCGAUCCGCCUUCCGGGCAUUCUUUCCCGCGGUCGCGGUUUAACUUCGCCGCAGCCGCAGAUGCGGCUGCUUCUCCCGGGUUCGGUCGAAUUGGGCUGAACCCUGAUGAUACCGCUGCUCCCCCAGUAGAGAAGAGGGCUUCUGAUAAUGGGAAUACCACGAAGGCUAAUGCGAAGGAGAGAUGGUCACGAGACCGGGAAAGUUAUUUGACCGAUGACGACGACGCUCUUCCUCUUCCAAUGACUUACCCAAAGUCAUCCCCCGUAUCUCCAGAGGAAAUCGAUCGUCGUCUUCGUUGCGACCCUAAAGCUGAGGAGUGCAAAGAUGUGGUUUAUGAAUGGACAGGAAAGUGUAGGAGCUGUCAAGGCACAGGGUUUGUCAGUUACUAUACGAAAAGAGGAAAGGAAACUGUCUGCAAAUGCAUACCUUGCAUGGGAAUUGGCUACGUGCAUAAGAUAACAUCACGGAAGGAUAUUGAUGUCAUGGAGGAUUUGGAUAACUGAUAGGCAUGCUGAUUCUUGACGGCAGUAUAUGCUCGAAGUCUUGAAUGUCCCUGUUUAAGGUGGCUGAAUGUUUGAUAUGAAUGCAGUUUGAACAUUGUUAUGGUUCUCCAAACAAAAACACCCAUAGCAAUGUCAUGCUAUCUAGAUAUCCAGUAUUAUCUCUCAAAUUGCAAGUUAUCAAAGAGGAAGGUGUCAGUGCCUUCCAUGAGUAGGCAAAGUUCCAUCUCUUGCCCUGCCUACAUGCCCAAAACAGAUGAGAUGAAAAAAGUGUUUGACCGAUUUGACAUCGACAGAGACGGAAAGAUCUCACCGCAUGAUUACAAGGCCGUGCUAAGAUGUAUGGGAAGCAGUGGUUUGUGGGUCAUGAGGGAAGUUAGCAUGAUUUUUGAGGUUGCAGAUUUGAACGGCGAUGGGUACAUAGAUUUUGAGGAGUUUGUAGAAAUGCAGAGAGAUGGUGGAAUCAGAAGCGUGGAUUUGCAGUCUGCGUUCCGAGUGUUUGACAGGGACGGUGAUGGGAAGAUUUGUGCCGAAGAUCUGUUCGAGGUGCUGCGGAGGCUCGGAGAAGGGUGCAGUCUGCUCGAUUGCCAGAAAAUGGUGAGAGCUGUCGAUGGUAAUGGGGAUGGUGUGGUCGACAUUGAUGAGUUCAUCACCAUGAUGACUAGCUCCAUGAGGCCCAUGACUAUAACACGAUGAAACCACAUUUAGCCAGACAAAUGUUAGCGGGUUUCUUAUUACUACGUAUAAUUUAUGAUUAGGUUAACACUGUUUCUAAAAUUCAAUGCAUGCAAUGAUGUGAUCAUUUAAUUAUGUAUUUCCAUUUGAAAUAAUGUUAAUAAGAACAAGCGUUGUGUUUGUCCAACUCCAACUUAUACUCGCAUGACGGAAAUGUUUUUUUACAGCAUUUUGUAUGUCAUGUGUACCGCUCACGGUCAAGUGACCUAUGUUUCC